ACCACUGCGCAAGACCAGAAAAGAUUUUCGGAUUCGUAAAGAAAAUUUCAACAGCCCAUUUUUUCUUCAUACUACUUUUUAUUAAUAUUAUAAGCAGGUGCCUUCCUUCGCUGACGCAUCAUACCUCUUUUUUCAUUCCAACAGAAAAACCACUGUACUAUAAAAAUAAUAAUCAGUAUCAUGGCUCUAAGCAGUGACGCAGUAUUCCAAAAAAUCAUCGAUGGAGUUAAAGAUAAUGAAGCCAAAGCCAAGUCAGUGAAUGCUGUUUUCCAAUUUAAAAUCACAAAAGAUGGAAAAGUUUCAAAAGAAUGGACUUUGGAUUUAAAGAAUGCCAAAGUAUACCAGGGACCAGCAAAAGACAUUAAAGUUGAUACAACUUUGACAGUCGCCGAUGAAGAUAUGGUUGACAUUGCUUUGGGCAAACUUAAUUCACAAGCUGCUUUCAUGAAGGGCAAACUAAAGAUUGCCGGAAACAUUAUGCUCACACAGAAAUUGGCCCCUCUCCUCAAGACAGAAUCUAAAUUGUAGAUUCUACCUGCUAUACAUUUUGUUUAGUCACAAUUUUAGUCGUUAAGUGGAAAGUGGUUUUCUUUUUUGUUUUUGUAAUAAUUUAAUAGUAUUUCAGCACAGAGAUAAAAUAAAAUAAUAAAAAAGAA